CGCUGAGUCACCGGAUCGCCCCGCCCGCCCGGGCUCGCGGGGCCGGAGGUGACAGCGGGCCGGGGGCAGGACGGCGGCCGCCGCGCCGAGGGACCGCGGGCCGCGCCGGGAGCAGGAGCAAUGAAGAGUCUGUGUUAAUGUCUCAUCACUGGUAUCGACUGGAGACACGGGAGACGAUGUAUUUGCGGAACAGCCUGAGGACGUGAUUGAGCAGACUGUGGGCCAUGGAGGCGGGCUCAGUGGUCCGAGCCAUCUUUGACUUCUGCCCCAGCGUGUCAGAAGAACUGCCGCUCUUCGUGGGCGAUAUUAUUGAGGUGUUGGCAGUGGUGGAUGAGUUUUGGCUCCUAGGAAAGAAAGAGGAUGUUACAGGACAGUUCCCCAGCAGCUUUGUGGAGAGUGUGGCCCUUCCUGGCCUCAAAGAUGGGGAGCAGCUCUUUGUCUGCAUCAGUGAGUUCUUGUCCCCAGAACCGAGCGGUCUUCCCCUCCACCGAGGUGACCUGGUGGUGGUCGAUGGCCCUGCCACGGGCGGCUGGCUGCAGGGCCGCAGCUGCUGGGGUGCCCGGGGCUACUUCCCGGCCUCCUGCGUGAAGGAGCUCUGCCUGUCCUCCCAGAGCCGGCGCUGGCACUCGCAGAGCGCCCUGCUCCAGCUCCCGGUCUAUUCCAUGGGCCAGGCCCGCGCGCUCAUGGGGCUCUCGGCGCAGCUGGACGAGGAGCUGGACUUCCGGGAAGGGGACGUGAUCACCAUCAUCGGGGUGCCAGAGCCCGGCUGGUUCGAAGGGGAGCUCGAGGGCCGAAGAGGCAUCUUCCCCGAAGGCUUUGUGGAGCUCCUGGGGCCGCUGCGCUCGGCGGAGGAGCUGGUGGACUCCGGAGGUAACCGCGUCGUGAACGGGGAAACGGCGGCGCCCGCGGGCGCGGGGCCCGGGCCGGACGAGGACGGCGAGCAGCCGGGCACCUACGGGGUGGCCCUCUACAGGUUCCAAGCCCUCGAGCCCAACGAGCUGGACUUCGAUGUGGGCGACAGAAUCCGGAUCCUGGGAACCCUGGAGGAUGGCUGGCUCGAAGGCUCGCUGCGGGGCCGCACAGGCGUGUUCCCCUACCGCUUCGUGAAGGUCUGCAGCGACGCCAGGGCAGAAGAGACCCCCGGGGGGCCGCAGGCACCCGGCCUGCCCAGCACCUCCGAACUGUCCCCGGGGCCUUCCGAGAGCUCCUCAGGGGCGGAGGAAGAAAGAUCUGCCGGGGACGGGACCGAGACGUCCCCCUGUGCCACCCUGGAAGCUUCUGUCCCACCGGGCACACUUCUGUCCUCCCCGGGGGCUGAGGUCUGUGAGAACCAGGGGGAGCCCAUAGCCCUGCCCCCCAGCAGCCCGGCGGCGGGGAGCGGGCAGCCUCUCCCCAGAGACCCUCCCGCUGAGGAUCCGCCCCAGGUGGUCAAUGGAGUCUCGUCCCAGCAUCACGCACCCUCCAGCCCGCAGCUGCAGAGCAAGUCUCACUGCUCUACAGCCGGAGAGAGCCCCCCGCACCCCGAGGGUCCUGGCCCCCUCCAAGGCUACGGCAGCCUCCCUGCACGGAGAAAGGGCUCCCCGCCCGGAACCGGGCAGAAGCCGGGGCUGCCUCUCACCCGGGACCCGUUCCCUUCAGGAUCCUGGACCCUGAAAGCCAGUGGCCAGCACAGCCUGCCGCUGCCCUGCUCGGCCAGGUCGGCCGCAAAGCACCACGCGCCCAGACGCAGCGCUUCCACGCUGGGCCCCGCCACGGCUCACAGCUUCGGGGUGUGGCCUGCAGCCCACGACGAGAAGGUGCUGCCAGGCCUGGGCACCCUGGUACCGGCCCAGGACAACGGCAGCACCGACCUGGACUCCAAGUUGACCCAGCAGCUGAUGGAGUUUGAGAAGAGCUUGUCCAUCGCAGAACCCAAUAAAAUCUGCCGCCGCUUUUCCCUGGUGGACUUCAACUCCGAGAAGGAUAUUGUCCGGGGUUCUGCCAAGCCCCUGGCCCCGCAGGAGCUGCCCUGGAGGAAAAAGGCUCUGAGGCCGCCCCCGCCCCGUCCCAGCACCCCGACCCCCACUCCCGCGCAUGCGCUCACGGACCAGAAUUCGAGAGCCGAGCUGCCCUGGGCCGUGAGGCCUUCUCGCCCCGCGCCCCUGCCCCCCUCCCUGCAGCAAAGGAUGAGCACCGCCCCCCCUAGGCCCCCAGCGUCUCCCCAUCCCGGCAGUGACCCCGAGACAGCGGAGAAGACUUUGGACCAGCCCUCCCAGUGCCCCUUGGUCCUGGUGAGGAUUCAGGAGAUGGAGCAGGGCCUGGAUGUGUACAGCCAGGCUCGGGAGGAGCUGAGCCUGAUGCAGGAGGAAACCUUCCGAGCAGAGCCCCUGGGAAGUCUCGAGUUCUACGAGAGCAACAUGGACAGUCUGAAUCUGGAGUUCCAGCAGCUUCGAGAAAUGACACUCCUCUCCUCCCAGUCUUCACCAGCGGCUUCUUCGGGGUCUGUGUCCACGGAAAACCCAGAGCAGAGGAUGCUGGAGAAGAGGUCCAAGGUGAUAGAAGAACUCCUGCAGACAGAAAGAGACUACAUUCGCGACCUCGACAUGUGUAUUGAGCGGAUCAUGGUACCGCUGCAGCAGGCACAGGUACCCAACAUUGAUUUUGAGGGACUGUUUGGAAAUAUGCAGAUGGUGAUUAAGGUCUCAAAGCAAUUACUGGCUGAUCUGGAAGUCAGCGAUGCUAUAGGACCUGUGUUUCUUGAUCAUCGGGACGAGCUUGAGGGAACCUACAAGGUUUACUGUCAGAAUCAUGACGAGGCAAUUUCACUGCUGGAAAUCUACGAGAAGGACGAGAAGAUCCAGAAGCAUCUUCAGGACUCUUUGGCAGAUCUUAAGAGCCUGUACACUGAAUGGGGAUGCACAAACUAUAUCAACCUGGGCUCCUUCCUCAUCAAACCAGUGCAGAGAGUCAUGCGCUACCCGCUGCUGUUAAUGGAGUUGCUGAAUUCCACCCCAGAAUCCCAUCCGGACAAAGUGCCUCUAACCAGCGCAGUCCUCGCUGUCAAGGAGAUCAACGUCAACAUUAAUGAGUACAAGCGUCGGAAGGACCUGGUCCUCAAGUACCGCAAGGGUGAUGAAGACAGCCUCAUGGAGAAGAUCUCCAAACUGAACAUCCACUCCAUCAUCAAGAAGUCCAACCGCGUGAGCAGCCACCUGAAGCACCUCACUGGCUUAGCCCCACAGAUAAAAGAUGAAGUAUUUGAAGAAACAGAAAAGAAUUUCCGGAUGCAAGAAAGACUGAUCAAAUCUUUCAUCCGGGACCUCUCUCUCUACCUCCAGCACAUCCGGGAGUCGGCCUGCGUGAAGGUGGUGGCCGCCGUGAGCAUGUGGGACGUGUGCAUGGAGAAGGGACACCGGGACCUGGAGCAGUUUGAGAAGGUGCAUCGCUGCAUCAGUGAUAAGCUCUUCACAAGCUUUAAGGAGAGGACCGAGCGGCUUGUCAUCUCCCCCCUGAAUCAGUUACUGAGCAUGUUCGCGGGGCCCCACAAGCUGGUGCAGAAGCGCUUCGACAAGCUGCUGGACUUCUACAACUGCACGGAGCGGGCCGAGAAGCUGAAGGACAAGAAGACCCUGGAGGAGCUGCAGUCGGCCCGCAACAACUACGAGGCCCUGAACGCCCAGCUGCUGGACGAGCUGCCCAAGUUCCAGCAGUGCGCUCAGAGCCUCUUCACCAACUGCGUGCAUGGCUAUGCCGAGGCCCACUGCGACUUCGUGCGCCAGGCCCUGGAGCAGUUGCAGCCGCUGCUCCCGCUGCUGCGCGUGUCCGGCAGGGAGGGGAACCUGAUCGCCAUCUUCCACGAGGAGCACAGCCGGGUGCUGCAGCAGCUGCAGGUCUUCACCUUCUUCCCCGAGUCUCUCCCCGCCGCCAAGAAGCCCUUUGAGAGGAAGACCAUGGACCGCCAGUCUGCUCGGCGGCCACUCCAGGGUCUGCCCAGUUACAUGCUGCAGUCAGAAGACCUGCGGGCCUCCGUUCUGGCCCGGUAUCCCCCUGAAAAGCUCUUCCAAGCAGAACGGAACUUCAACGCUGCACAGGACCUGGAUGUCUCGCUUCUGGAAGGUGACCUGGUGGGCGUGAUCAAGCAGAAGGACCCCAUGGGCAGUCAGAGCCGCUGGCUGGUCGACAACGGAGUCACCAAGGGCUUCGUGUACAGCUCCUUCCUGCGGCCCUACAACGCGCGCCGCAGCCACUCGGACGCGUCGGUGGGCAGCCAGUCGUCCACGGAGUCGGAGCAGGGCAGCGCGUCCCCGGGGGCGCCCCGGCAGACCAGCCACAGCCCCGCGGCCCUGACCUUCAGCCCCUCCGGGGUGGCCUACAGCCACACGGCAGCCGGCCAGAAGCAGCCGCCUCCGGACGUGUCGGCGGCCUGGAAGGACUGGGACCCCGGGACCACCGCCGGCGGCCCCGCCAGCUCGGGAAGCGCAGAGAGCAGCCCUCCGGGCAGAAGCCCCAGCGACCCCGACCCCGGGCCUCGGGCCCGGCCCUGGGACUCCGCCGACGCCGCCAGAGACACCCAGAGGGGCGCGCGGGGCUCCCGGCUCCCCGAACCGGUGCGCCCCGGGCAGGGCAAGGACUGGAGCAAGGCGGGGGCGAGGACCCUCGAGCACAACAGGAGCCAGCAGGAGCCGGCGAGCGGGGAGGCGGCAGGCAACCAGGUCUACUUCGCUGUCUACACCUUUAAGGCACGGAACCCAAAUGAGCUGAGUGUGUCAGCCAAUCAGAGACUCAAGAUCCUGGAGUUUAAAGACGUUAUGGGAAAUGCAGAGUGGUGGUUAGCCGAAGUGAACGGGAGGAAGGGCUACGUCCCGUCCAACUAUAUCCGCAAAACCGAGUACACCUGAGCUGCAGCAGCUUCCCGCUCGGCCUUGCUGCCUGCGCUUUCCUUCAGCCGAAGGAUCCUGGCGGCCCACCAAGGGGGCAGCUGCCCCCGCACCCCGGGCCCUGUCUGCACUGCCCAGCGCACCCCGGUGGGGCACACGAGCUGCCUUGUUCUCCUCCAUCGAGUUGUCGGCCUCGAGGCUCCCUAGAAUCUCUCGUAUUUGAAGCAGGUCCUGGGGGGCUUGAAAAUAGUGUCACGGCCGGCGAGAAGGGCUGGAAGCCCUGGGUCCCGCCUUUGGAAACGAGAAGCCCCCACCUGCAGAAGCUCCGUGUAGGCUGGGAGCUGGGCUGUAGCAUUAGGCGACGUUGGCAUUGGUUGUACCAGCCUGGCCCGUACUCCGCCAUCCACUAGCCAGCAGCCUGGCAUGGAUGAAGACAACUCUCCAGGGAGCGUCCCCGCACACGUUUCAAGGAGACUGUCCAGAUGAUACCAAAACCAGUGUUCCAAAGUGUCAGAGUCCGGGACAUCCACUCACGCACCUACGUGCCUUCUGAAAGCACCGAAGACGGUCCCCUGUCAUCUUUUCUCAUUCUUUCAUUUUUUUUUUUGCUCUUUUUUGGGUCACACCCGGCGAUGCACAGGGGCUACUCCUGGCU